UCCAUGGAUCUCAUGGCGCUGCAAUCGAUAAAAAAGUUUUGUGAAGAAAAAUCUCAUCGUCCAGUCAUCUUUUUUUCUUACCAAUUUUAAUGUUAAACAGAAAUCAAUACGUCCAUAAAAUCUACUGAAAUCGUAAUGUUAAUGAAUUGAAUAAUUGUUAAAUAAGUGAAUUUGACACGAUGGCUGCGAGUGAAGUGGAAAAUUUGCGUGCUGAAGUCGAGCGACUGGGUCGCGAUUUGGAAAUUGCCAGCAGCGAAAAGAUCCAAUCAGCACAAUAUGGGCUGGUGCUUCUGGAGGAGAAAGCCCAUCUCCAGCAGAAAUGCGAGGAGCUGGAGACCCUCUAUGAGAACACAAAGCACGAUCUGGAUAUAACUCUGGAGGCUCUAGCAAAAUUCCAGACCUCACAGAAGGUAACAACGAAGACAGGAAUUGAACAGGAGGAAUCUCUGCUUACGGAAACUGCCGCAAUGGAGACAUCACUCAAUCUUCAUAUCCUGGAAUUGGAGAAUGAAGUUAAACAGCUUCGUCACGAAUUGGAACGCGUUGCCAAUGAACGUGAUCGGAUGCUGCAAGAGAAUUCAGAUAUGGGCCGUGAUAAAUCUGACACGGAAGCUGAGAAGAUGAAACUCAAAGCUGAGCUGAAGGAUUUGAAAUUUCGCGAAACACGAAUGCUGUCGGAUUAUUCGGAGUUGGAGGAAGAGAAUAUUUCGUUGCAGAAGCAAGUGUCGAGCUUAAGGAGUUCCCAGGUUGAGUUUGAAGGUGCCAAACAUGAAAUCCGUCGGUUGACUGAGGAGAUUGAAUUGUUGAAUUCCCAAGUGGAAGAAUUGACGAACCUCAAGAAGAUUGCUGAGAAACAGAUGGAGGAGGCACUGGAGGCACUUCAGGGUGAACGUGAAGCCAAGUAUGCACUGAAGAAGGAACUGGAUGCACAUAUCAAUCGGGAAAGUAUAUAUAAUAUCAGUAAUUUGGCAUACAAUAUCCGUGGAAUGGAUGGAGAUAAUAUGAAUAGUGAUGGUGAUGAAGAUUUGCCAGCACUUAAGAGAAUUGAAGCUGAUCUCUCGAGUGAACUGAAAUCUCCGGAUGGUACGAAGGUUGAUCUAUUUUCUGAGAUUCAUCUCAAUGAACUGAAAAAGUUGGAGAAGCAACUGGAGUGCCUGGAGAAUGAGAAGAAAUGCCUAACGGCAAAUCUGAGGGAAUCCCAGCAAAAUUUGGAUAAAAGUCAAAGUGAACUUCAGGCCUUUAUGUCACGUGUUAGUGUACUUAGUGCCCAUGUAGAGGCACUGCAGCAGCUGAAGAAACAGGUUGAAGCUGAGGAUUUGGCCAAGAAGACACCCAAGGAUGAUAUGAUUGCAGAGAAACUUCGUGCAAUUGUCUCCCAAUAUACCAAUUGGUUCCUUCUGAGCGGCAAAGAAAUUGACACACUCAAGGCUGACUUGAUUGAAUUGCAGAAGAAUCUCAAUUGUCCCGAUGCAAUGGUACUGCUGAGAAAUGAGAUUACCAAUCUUAAGAACAAACUCCUGACUACAGAACAGAAAUCCCUCGACCUUCAGGCUGAUGUAGAGAUUCUAACAGCCAUUUCACAGAAUGCUGGCCAGAGUUUGGGAUCAGCACGCAAUACCCUGGUGGUGCUCAGUGAUGAACUUGCUCAAUUGUAUCAUCUAGUCUGUACGGUGAAUGGUGAGACACCAAAUCGUGUUUUGCUGGAUCACAAGAGUGAUGAACUUGACAGUGAUUCUCUGUCAGCCAUUCAGGCUCAAUUUAAGUCCGAUACCCUUGCAUCCAAGGCACAAACCAUUGAGGAUCUUCAGGCACUGUCGGAUGCCAUUGAGAUUCGAAAGUAUGUAGACACUGUGGCUGAUCAGAUUAAAUAUCUGAAGGCUUCGGUGGAGAAGACCAUUGAUAUGAAUAAGCAUGGCUCUAGGAGUACAUCUACCAGUGGUGGCGAGGAUAAGGAGAAUCGCGAGGAAAUUUCUGAUCUGCAGGAACAGAUAAUUAAACUCAAGAGUUUGCUAUCGGCCAAACGGGAACAAAUUGCCACACUCAGAACUGUUCUCAAGUCCAAUAAGAAUACAGCUGAAGUGGCACUGACUAAUCUCAAGUCCAAAUAUGAGAAUGAGAAACUUGUGGUUAGUGAAACAAUGUCCAAAUUGAGAAAUGAACUUAGGCUUCUCAAGGAGGAUGCAGCUACAUUCUCAAGCUUGAGAGCAAUGUUUGCAGCGCGUUGUGAGGAGUAUGUGACUCAAGUUGAUGAUCUCCAUCACCAACUCGUGGCAGCUGAGGAGGAGAAAAAGACCCUCAAUCAGCUGCUACGGCUGGCAGUUCAGCAGAAACUAACCCUUACUCAGCGUCUUGAGGAAAUUGAGAUGGAUAGGGAAAUGCGCCACGCGAGAAGACCAAUGCCUCCAGCUCGGGGUGGUUCAAAGUCAUCUUUCUCACGGACACCAAUUAGGAGUAGCAACAGCAACAAUUCCAAUCCCAAUAAUUUCUUCUAACACGAACUCUCAAUGCAUCGCAAAAUUUUAGCUUUAGUUUCCACUCUUCUGAAGAUGUAAGCUUUUCUUAUUUCUUAUUUUUUUUUUUACCUUUGAGUCCAUCUUUAGACGAGACGUUUUUUUUUAUUAAAUUACAAUUCCUCUCUAAAGAGAUUAAAUAGACCAAAUAUCGUAAUGGGAAAAAUUGUUUGAUGGGGAGGGGGGAUCAUUGAUAAAAGCCAAGAGUGGAAAUCGCGCAAAAAAGAGAGAGAUUUAUGAAUGGGGAACAAUAGUAUUACUCUUUUUUUCUAUAUUUUCUUUGCUGUGGGUAGAGAGAACGUUGCUGUGCGUAGUUUUUUUUUUUUUUGGUUAAAGUGAUUAACUUGUCUAACACGAAUAAUUAUAUUUUACAAAUAGCAGAAAAAAAAUGUGUAGACACAAAUCUGCAAUAUUCCUCCAAUUAUUGCCUAAUUAAUCGAUAUUUUUUAUAUUAUUAUAUUUUUAUUUAUUCAAACACAAAAAAAUUAUUUGUUAUCAAUUAUUUACUUAGAAUUUAUAAUUAUUAACCAAUUUAUAUUUAAUUGCAAUACAACAAUCACAUCUUUAAACAUCAUUGACCUUAAAUGGAAAUCAAAUUAUUGAUGAAAGAAAAAAAAAUUGUAUACUUAACUGGGGAGAAAAAAUUGUAUAAUAUUUUAGAUGACACGAAAUUAAUUAAAUAAAAAAAAAUUGUGCAAAGAGGAUAGGUAAUACAGCAUUGUGCUCUUCGCGGAAACAAAAGAAAUUGAGGGUAAGAUGAAUUUAAAAUUGAAAAAAAAGUAAUUGUACACAAAAAAAUGCGUCCAAAAAUGUUUUGUGAAAGAGUUUUUCCCUGAAAAAUUCUUCCGUUUGUCCUAAACAAGAAAUUAAUUAAAGAAAAAAAAUUUAAUUCUUGAGUUAUUGUUGAGAACAAUUGUGCAAAAUAAAUUGUUAAUAUCUCACGAAAUUUCUUAAAAUACCGAGCCAUAAAAUAAAAAUAUUUUGAUGAAAUUGACGAAAGAAUCAAGAUAAAAAAAAAAAGAAAUAAUUGGAUUUUUUGAUAUCACCGUCCCUUAUUAAUGUGUGUUUUGAAGAAUAAAAAAAAAGACAUAAAAAAAUCCUUUGAGAAUAACGAAAUAUAUUUUGCAAUGAAUAUUGUAAUUGAUAAAGCCACAAUAAACACUUCCAAUGAAAGUAAUAAAAUUGUUAUGAAGCAAAAAGUUAAAUAUUUGCAUAAAUGUUAUUUUCAGCUUUUCUUUUUUCUUAAAAAAAUGUUUUUACAAAAUUAAUAAAAUGUGUUUAAUUUUCCAGCUUAGAAAGGAUAUUUUUCGGUUACGAGAUAGCAAGAAAAAAAAAGAAAA